GCCGGCCUUCUUCCCGGGAGCUGAAUUGUAACGCGAGAUUUCACCUCCACUAGUAGCGGGUUGUGGCGGCGGCUCGUCCUUUUCUCCGUCGCGGUUGGAGGAGAAAAUAAAAAAUUAAAGAGCAAGUGAUGGGUGAGUCAGGAAUGGAUUCUCUUGGCAAUGUGACCUUGGAUUCAUCUGUGGAAAUUGAAAAUCAAAGUGAUAACUCUUCUGGUAGCAGCUUAUUUACAACACAGUGUGUUCCUUACUCACCUAAACAGAGGCAAAGAAGCUCCAUUAGAAAAUUUGUUCCUUUGUCUGAAAGUGUUCAAGCAAGAGAUUCAUCAAGUGACUCAUCUAUAGAACCAGUGACUUUAAAAGCUAUUUUUGAUAGAUAUAAGAAUAGGAAGCGUAAACAUAAAAAGAGGAAAUAUAAACCAACAGGAAGAAAAAGGGGAAGACCAAAAGGAAGGAAAAAUACAAGAAGUUCACGAACAGAUAAGAAACUAUUUAACAAAGGACCUGGGUUCCCAUUUGUGGAAUCGGAGAAUGAAGGAAAACCAUUACCUUGGAGAAAAAUUUUAACGUAUGAGCAAGCUGUUGCAAGAGGAUUUUUCAACUACAUUGAAAAACUGAAGUAUGAGCACUAUCUUAAAGAAUCUUUGAACCAAAUGGAUGCUGGUGAAGAUUUAGAAAAGGAAGAUUUUGAUAGUCGUAGGUACAAGUAUUUGGAUGAUGAUGGAUCCAUUUCUCCUAUUGAAGAGUCAGCAGCAGAGGAUGAGGAUGCAGCGCAUGGUGAACAUGGUGAAUGUGAUAUCAAGUUGGGAGCAGAUGAUAGUUUCAUAAUAAGUUCUGAUUUCCCAAGGAAGAUCAAUGUCUAUUUAGAACAAAAUAAUGGUACUAAAGAAGCUGCUUUGUCUAAAAAGAGAGCUACCAGGGCCAGAAGCAGUGGACAGAGGACACCAGGGCCUGAAAAGGAGACGGGAACAUGAGUGUCCCAGAAGGCCUUUAUCUUGAACAUGCUGUCUGGAGUUGAAGGUGUUGUCAUAACCCACUAAUCUGUAUUGUUCUUGAGUGUGAUGGCUUUAGGUAAGUUUUAAUCGGUGACAGCGUGAUCUUUGAGGAAUAGAGAGUUACAGUUCAAAUGAUGAAUUUAACUGUUCAACUGCUGAAUGAUACAGACAUGAACUAAAGCUUAAUUCUGACAAGAGCUGGAUGUGUCUAUAAUACAUAGAAAUCUGGAUGUUAAACUUAGUUUUGGGCUUGAGUUUCUAUAACAAUUGGAAAUACUUAAGGCAGCCUUCUAAAUACUGGUACCUUCUUUGUAGGAACCAAUGGUUUGAAUUCAUUCGUUUUUCCAAGAGGUAAGUGAAAUAAUUUGUAUUAAUUUGCCAAGGACUCAAAAGUUAGAAGAAACAUGAGCUGAGUAUAGCAUCAAAAUAUGGGUAUAACUAGGAGUCUUCGAUUUUUUUUUUUUUUUUUGUAGAGACAGUCUCACUUUAUGGCCCUCGAUAGAGUGCCGUGGCCUCACACAGCUCACAGCAACCUCCAACUCCUGGGCUUAAGCGAUUCUCUUGCCUCAGCCUCCCGAGUAGCUGGGACUACAGGUGCCCGCCACAAUGCCCGGCUAUUUUUUUGGUUGCAGUUUGGCCGGGGCCGGGUUUGAACCCGCCUCCCUCAGUAUGUGGGGCCGGCGCCUUACCGACUGAGCCACAGGCGCCGCCCAGGAAUCUUCAGUUUUAGAUAGAAAAGAUCUUGGCAAAAUAUUUGUCACAUGUAUGUUUUUGUAUAACGAGAAAUGAUAGAAGGCUGCACAGUUGACCCCACUGUGCACGCCCACCGUGUUGGUUCAGCAGGUCUCACAGUUGCACUGCGUGGUAUCUGCACCCAGCAGCGAACUCCUGCUGGCGUGUUCAAAGGUCAGUGCCAUAGUAAUUCAGUAUUUGGCAUCGUUGGUUUUCUUGGCUUUGUGCUUGUUAAACCUGGUAUUUCUAUUGAUACAGUGUUUCUAGUUCAUUCACAUUGCUUAGUUUGAUAUAGUCUCUAGUAGUAACAAAUUCUUUUUUUCCCCCUAGGGUGUCAAACUGAAAACCAGGCAGAUCGAUCUACUCUUAAAAAGUACAGUUUUGUAUUUUUCCUUUCUAGCUGCUUGCUUCCCCUUAUUGGUAGCACUGUCAACUAACAGCUGCUAACAGCUAACACACAUUCACGGUGCGUUUUGUUUUGUCUUUUUUUUGCUUCCUGAGUCACACUAUGUCACCCUGGGUAGAGCGCUGUGGUGUCACAGCAACCUCAGACUCCUGGGUAAUUCUCUUGCCUCAGCUUGCCAAGUAGCUGAGAAUACAGACGCCCACCACAACACCCAGCUAUUUUUUGGUUGCAGUUGCUACUGUUGCUGAACCUGCCACCUUUGAUAUGUGAGUAGGCUGGCGCCCUACUCACUUAGCUACAGGCGCCGAGCCCCCAGUGUAUUAUAAACUUGACAGGAACUUCCCUAAAGCCUCAUUCUAGAUGAGAGUGGGCACUGUUGACAAUAGUGUUCAAACAUUGUUAAUGUGGCUACAUUGAGACACAGGUUAUGCUUCCGUCACAGUACAUGUAUUACUGUGGUGACAAUGAGACCUGUGACAUUCUGCACAGCUGAUGAGUGGAAAUUAUGUGUCAGACAAAUGUUAAGAACAAAGUACAGUACAAUCAUGUUGCUUAAUGACAGGGAUGCUUCAUGGGUCAGGAUCAGCUCUGUCACUGUCCUACACCUCCACAGGAACACACAGUUACCUUUCAGGAUAACUUUUGUCCUGAUCUUUUAGGACAGCCUUGAAAUAUCAUGAAAUACCUGCCUGAGACUUUUCUACAGUUUAAUGUUUUCAUACUUAAAAGGGGGGAGCAUACUCUAAAAAGUAUAAUAUAGACAGGCGUUAAAUACUAAGUUGUAUAGACUGUUUUUAUGGCAGUAUAGGAGAUUUGCUUACACUGGCAUCGCAGUGUCACUCAGGGACUGCCUACAUCUAAUAAUACAGUUGCAGUCAAAUCUGGUAGUUAGUUUACUACGACUAGAUUUUACUAUGUCAGUGCACAUUCACAUUGGUCAUCAAGGUUAUGUGAUGUUAUGAUGAUGGGCAAAAUGUUCAACUGCUCUGAAUGGGCUGAAUGAAAAAGAGCCUUUCUGAACAUCGUCCAUAUUGAGAACAAUUAGCACGUUUCAAAAUAGCUGCCACGUGUUUGUGAUCAGAGCAAAUUUCUAUACAAAUGGAAGCAGCAUCAUUCAGCCUUAAUAAAAUGUUUAAAUUGCCUUGAAAAAGUUGUAGAUAGUUGAAACCUAAGCAAAUUUAAAAUGGAUAUCUGUUUUUAAUAAUAGUAAAUGAGACUUUAAACUUUUUUCACAGGUGGGGAAUUUUAAGUUUUCAUCAAAGAAUUUGAAAAUGAAAAUAAUAAUGGCAAGCAACUUUUGGUAAAGUAAAAAUUAUUUGCUCAAGGGUCUAAUGGUCAUUACCAAGGCUUUUAGAAUGCAGUUUCUCAAUUGCUGUGGACAUGACCAUAAAAAAACUUCCACUAGGUUUUCUAUCUGCUACUUUGGUAGCACUCAACCUACUGGGGACAUUGUAUUAACCCUUUAUUAGACUGGUUUUCCCUCCGUUGCCUGCAUGUGACACUGUCCAAGUGGAAAUACAAAGCAAGCAACUGUGAUUGUUCCUGACAAACAGUGCAUGCCUGGAUCUCUUGCUAACUGUUCAGGACAGCUAAUAAAUAGGUGGUUUGUGGAGCUAAGGGAGUCUUGUUUUAUAUGAUCAUCUUUGGAGAUAUAAACUUUUGUUAUUAUGUAGGGCUAACAGGACAAAUGUGGAUUGAGGAUCUGUUCAUUAAAAAGGUAGGUACACGUUAGAAAAAACAUUGGUCAUUUCAAAGAGGGCUCAUGGAGCUGUGAAACCAAGAGCUCUUAACGCUGUGACCAUAUAUUGAAGUUCUCUGCAGGAUGCUGUAACACUAAAUAGUGCUGUGUUUUCCUGAGGAGAGGUACAAGACUUAACCACUCAAAAUCAUGAUGUAGUAAUUAAUGAUUGGUGAUGAGGGAAUGUAAAUGUCUCAGUCUAAGCAGUUUCUUUUUCAGGGCUGUCUUGAAGGUAAAUCUUCGGUGACUCCAGCCAUUGAGAUGGACAGCAGAAGGAGAAUCACAUGUGAAAUUCCUCGAAUAAAAAUUUAUUAAUUUCUCCUACUGCCAUAAUAAAAAAAACAACUUUUACACCA